UGGUGCGCGGGCUGCAGUCUUCCUCUUCGCCGGAAGUGGCUCGGUUUCCCGGGCGGGUGCGGGGCGCCGGUCGGUGUUCAACAUUAAGAUCACCCAUGUGCCAUCUGAGGCCAGAUCAUCUUCAUCACCUUCCCCAGUGGAGUGCUGCCUGUGUUUCUGUCCACAACAACCCCUGAGGUCUCUACUGUUUCCUCCUGACCUCAUCAAACAACCAUGUCUUCAGAAUCAAGCAAAAAACGGAAACCCAAAGUGAUCCGAAGUGAUGGAGCUCCAGCUGAAGGGAAGCGUAAUCGUUCUGACACUGAGCAGGAAGGUAAAUACUACAGUGAGGAGGCUGAGGUGGACCUGCGGGACCCUGGCAGAGACUACGAGCUGUACAAGUACACCUGCCAGGAGCUGCAGAGGCUUAUGGCCGAGAUCCAGGACCUGAAGAGCAGGGGAGGCAAGGACGUGGCAGUUGAGAUUGAAGAUCGGAAGAUCCAGAGCUGUGUGCAUUUCAUGACUCUGAAGAAGCUUAACCGAUUAGCCCACAUCAGGUUGAAGAAAGGGAGAGAUCAAACGCACGAGGCCAAGCAGAAAGUAGAUGCCUAUCACCUGCAGCUCCAAAACCUGUUGUAUGAGGUGAUGCACCUGCAGAAGGAAAUCACCAAAUGUCUGGAGUUUAAGUCAAAGCAUGAAGAAAUUGAUCUGGUCAGUUUAGAGGAGUUUUAUAAGGAGGCUCCUCCAGAGAUCAGCAAGGCUGAAAUCACCAUGGGAGACCCCCACCAGCAAACCCUUGCACGUCUGGACUGGGAGCUGGAGCAACGGAAACGGCUGGCAGAGAAGUACCGAGAGUGCCUGUCCAACAAGGAGAAGAUCCUCAAGGAGAUCGAGGUGAAGAAGGAGUACCUGAGCAGCCUCCAGCCGCGCCUCAACAGCAUCAUGCAGGCUUCGCUCCCAGUGCAAGAGUACCUGUUCAUGCCGUUCGACCAGGCUCACAAGCAAUAUGAGACAGCCAGACACCUGCCACCUCCCCUCUAUGUCCUGUUUGUCCAGGCCACUGCAUAUGGGCAGGCCUGUGCUCAUAUGAAAUCCUCCCAGCCCCCUAGACAGGAUAAGACGUUGUCCGUGGCGAUCGAAGGCAGUGUGGAUGAAGCCAAGGCUCUGUUUAAGCCUCCCGAGGACUCCCAAGAUGACGAGAGCGACUCAGAUGCUGAGGAGGAGCAGACCACGAAACGCCGGCGACCCACACUGGGAGUUCAGUUGGAUGACAAGCGCAAGGAGAUGCUGAAGAGGCACCCACUGUCCGUCAUGCUGGACCUGAAGUGCAAAGAUGACAGUGUGCUUCACCUGACUUUCUACUACCUCAUGAACCUCAACAUCAUGACGGUCAAAGCCAAAGUGACAACCGCCACGGAGCUGAUCACCCCCAUCAGUGCAGGUGACUUGCUGUCUCCUGACUCAAUCCUGAGCUGUUUGUAUCCUGGGGAUCACGGAAAGAAAACUCCAAAUCCAGCCAAUCAGUAUCAGUUUGACAAAGUUGGCAUCUUGACUUUGAGAGAUUAUGUACUUGACCUAGGUCACCCCUAUUUGUGGGUACAGAAGCUGGGUGGCCUCCACUUCCCCAAAGAGCAGCCCCAGCACACGGUGAUUGCUGACCACUCGCUGAGUGCCAGCCACAUGGAGACCACCAUGAAACUGCUGAAGACCAGGGUGCAGUCUCGCCUGGCCCUCCACAAACAGUUUGCAUCCCUGGAACAUGGCAUUGUGCCAGUUACCAGCGAUUGUCAGUACCUUUUCCCUGCAAAGGUUGUCUCUCGCCUGGUGAAGUGGGUGACGAUUCCCCAUGAGGAUUACAUGGAGCUGCAUUUCACCAAAGACAUUGUGGAGGCAGGACUGGCUGGGGACACCAACCUCUACUACAUGGCUCUCGUGGAAAGGGGCACAGCCAAACUCCAGGCUGCUGUGGUGCUGAAUCCUGGCUACUCCUCCAUCCCGCCCAUUUUCCAGCUCUGUCUCAACUGGAAAGGGGAGAAAACCAACAGCAAUGAUGACAAUAUUCGGGCCAUGGAGAGCGAGGUCAACGUGUGCUACAAGGAGCUGUGUGGCCCCCAGCCCAGCCAUCAGCUCUUGACCAACCAGCUGCAGCGCCUGUGCGUGCUGCUGGACGUCUACCUGGAGACCGAGAGCCACGAUGACAGCGUGGAGGGGCCCAAGGAGUUUCCCCAGGAGAAGAUGUGCCUGCGGCUUUUCAGGGGUCCCAGCAGGAUGAAGCCGUUUAAAUAUAAUCAUCCUCAAGGAUUCUUCAGCCAUCGCUGACCUCCCGCGCAGCCUGUUGUUUCCCCCAGGCCCCAAGUGCUGCGUCUCUGCUGUCUGCUCUGGCCCACUUGUGGCUCGUGAUAUUCUCCAAAGACAGGUGUUUUAUUUCUGGCCUAUUAAAGUGCCACCUGACCAAG